CUGCGUGUCAGAGACUCGAGAGUGCGCAAGUUCAUAAUUUAUCACUGACUGAAAAACAGCCUCACUUUAUAUGAAGCUUUGCACAGCAUACAGAAAAACGGAGGACUCUGGAAUUUGUAUUCAUCUUAGCCACCUAUGUUUGAACCUGACCCACACUCAAAACACACAGACGCAAACACACCCUCACACUCUGUCAAACACUACGUCUGUGUGAGCUACGUGGUGAAGGGACAGGCUCCUGCAGUGUCAGAAGUGAAGGGAGUGGGGCAGGCUGAAGCAGAGAUUAGUCACUGCAGUGCCAGAGUGCAUACGUUUUUCUUCAGAAUACACAAAACCAACAGAAGGACUAGUGCUAUUUCUACAGCUCUCAGAAAAGGAACAGAAACAAGAAAGAAUGGAGGACUAUGAUUACGAUGAUCACAACUCCAGUUUAAAUGACAGCUAUGACUACAAUUAUGAACACACCAUCUGUGACAAAGAAACAGUUCGCUCGUUUGCUGGCAUCUUCCUUCCAGUCAUCUAUGCCCUGGCCCUGGUAGUAGGCCUGGCUGGAAAUGCCUUGGUAGUGGUGGUCUACACAUCACGGCUGAAAUUACGAACCCUGACAGAUGUGUGCAUCCUCAACCUUGCCAUUUCAGACCUGCUGCUUCUCCUCACCCUGCCUUUCUGGGCAGCUGAUGCUGUCCACGGCUGGAGGCUGGGUUCGGCAGCCUGCAAGCUCACAUCCUUCCUCUACAGCACCAACUUCAGCUGUGGCAUGCUGCUGCUUGCGUGCAUCAGUGUGGAUCGCUAUCGUGCUGUAGUCAAAAAUCCAACUGGCAGAACUGGAACAGGAUCCCGAGUAAAGAGACAGUGGCUCCUAGUGUGCAUAAUGCUGUGGACUACAGCCAGCAUUCUCGGCCUACCCGAGCUUAUCUUCUCCACAGUGAAGCACUCCCAUUACAGGAUUAGCUGCACAGCCAUCUACCCGCAUAGCAUGGCCCGACCUGCAAAGGCUGCCUUAGAGCUGCUGGAGGUGAUCCUGAGAUUUGUGAUACCUUUCCUGGUCAUGGUGGUGUGCUACUGUCGGGUGGGGCUGGCACUGAGUAAGGCCGUUGCGGUGCGAAGAGAGAAAAAGUGGCAAGCUCUGCGAGUCCUCCUGGCUGUGGUGGCUGUAUUCCUGCUCACCCAACUGCCCUACACCGUGGUCAAGCUAUGCCGAGCAAUGGACAUCAUCUACAUGCUUGUGACCGACUGUGAAGUCAGCAAGGGCUUGGAUCACGCUAUCCAGGUGACAGAAAGCCUCGCGCUCACCCACGCCUGCAUUAACCCUCUGUUGUAUGCCUUCAUGGGGUCAUCCUUCAGGGGUCAUGUUCUGAAGGCAGCCAAGCACCUUGGACAGCGACUUGGCAGACACCAGAGACAUGUUAACGAGGAGCCCGUGGAGAUUGCACUCCACGCGUGUAAUCAAACUCAAUCCCAGUCAGAUUCAGAAGAGAGAGAGACCAGCACCUUUACUAUUUAAGACUCAAAGAUGUAUCUAUUUUUUGUAAGCUCCAACAAAAAAUUGCACGUAUACAGUUUAAAUAUAUUUACAUUCUUUUACUAACAUACAAGACCGAUAUCCUUAAGCAUAAAUAUUAAUUCUUUGUUUAAUAAACUGCAUAUGUACAGUGAAUUUAUAUGCACUAACCAGCAAACUAUUUUGUAUAAAUUAUGUAUUUUAUUAAAUAAAAGAACAAAGUUUUCAACAA